AAAUAAUAAAAGAGCGAAACUUAGCGAGUGUCAUCACAAUUUUUAAAAAUAAAUUAAGCGUUAUCUCCCCCCUCGCAAAACUUCCGACAUUUUCCGUGAUUCCUGGCCCAAGAAGUUUGUCUCUAAAGAAAUUUUGAACAUAUCGUCUUAAAUGUCAAUAAAUUUAGGUAUGCUACAUUGUUUUUGCUAAUAUCGGUUACGUUCAGGUGAUCUUUUGAAAAUUAGCUUUCCCCAUUUAAAAAGAAGAUUGAGCACUAAAUACGAUUUUACGUUUACUGAUCUAUAAAUAGAACAAGAUCUCCAGCACCGUAUGAAGUCAACAGAGACCGAAGCUGUCCCGAAUGUUACCGUAGCAAAAUAGCUAUGUCGAUUAUUUUUAAAUUGUAAAAUGUAUUUUUUGAAAAAAUCUUUGUAAAGAAAAAAAAAAUAAUUAAAUCAUCCUUAGCCUUAAAUACAUUAGCCUUUCAAAAGUUUCCUAUAAAUUUUUAACAUUUUGGUCAUUGCCACUGUUUAUUUAAUUUCAAACAAUGAAAGUAUGAAUUAAUUAAAUGAAUUUGAAUUAUUUGAAUUAUUAAUUAGCUUAAAUUAAAUAGUUAAUAAUAGGUUUAAUAAAUGAAAUUUUAGGCUUAGGCAAUGUCAUAUUUAUUUAUGUCAAUAAUUAAAUGUGCAUAUCAAUUGUCAAUGGCAAUCCUGUAAGACUUAAGUUUAUAGGCGGAUAUUAUAGGCAUAGGACCCUGCCUUCUAACCAUUAUAUUUUUUGUUGAAAUAUAAAUAUAAAUAAUAUAAUGCAUGCGCUGAUGUCACCUACGCUGAUAUCACCUAUGUGCUUUACUUAGGUUUAAGUUUAGGCUGAGGCUUUACGUAAUAACUAAAUGACUAAAUACUCAUUAUUAUAUAAUACAAAGGUAGUGAUUGUUUGUUCAGCAAAUUAUUAUUACUAAAACAAUGUAAAAAAAUCAAUUAAUAUAUUUCAUCAUAAUUCUCUUUAGAAUUGGUUGUCUUUCAGGUACAAUAAAGUAAACAUUUUCAAAAAUGCCUGAAAUUGUACUAGGUGAAAAGUUUCCCUCAUUUGAGAGUUUGAAAGAUGCAAUUGAUCGCUACCAACGAGCAAAUAAUGUCCAGCUGAUAGUAAAAGAUUCAAAACUGCUUGGGAGAAUAGCUAAAACAAUGCCUAAACUAAUGGAUGUGGUUAACAAGGAAAUUAUUUACUAUCGUCUAUCUUAUGCUUGCGAGUACCAUGGAGAAUAUCGGUCUAAAGGAAAAGUCAAACCUAAUCAUGUGUAAGAUAUUUACAGUUAAUAUAUAAGUUUAUUUAUGUGAAUUUAUGAGCAUUCAUAGCAUAUUAUUAAGACCAAAAAAACAGUACAUACUGCAUAUUGGAUUACAAAAUAAAAAAAAAGGUUUCAGUUAUCUGUUUGAUUUCCAAGUUUUUAAUUUCAGGGUUAGCAAGAAUGUUGAAAUAACUUACUCUGUUUUAAAGUUCUAUAAAAAGAAUUCAAUAAAAUUAUUUAUACCACAGUUGGACCACACACAUGAUUUAUAAUCACUUACACCUUUACAAAUUUUAACAUCUAGAUCAAAACGAAGAGGUUGCCCAAUGCGAAUUCUUCUAAGACUUGCUGAGGAUUUGCACAAUCUUGUUGUUUAUGAAUUAUUUGACCAGCACAAUCAUGACUUAGAGCCGCGUGAGGAGACAAAAACCCCAAAGCAGCAAAUGUUUAGAAUGUCUCGAGUAAACUCAACACGCUACAUGCUCACUAAGAUGGAGGAAGGAGAGGGAGGACAAAUGGUUGACACAGAAAGUAAGCUUGAAACAAAAAAAUUGGAUUUGGUUUGCAAUAAAAAAGGAUUGAAUAUUAAAAAAAAAAUUAAAAAAUUAUCAUUUAUUCUAUCAGGGACUAUCCAUAAAUGAGGUCACCCAUCGGGAGAUGGGGUGUCACAUUUGGGUGACCAUGCAUGAUGAGAAGGUGUUUAAGCAAUGUGACCUCACAUAGAAAGCAGAACUAAAAAAGAACAACUUUUACUGAAUAACUAAUUUUUACCAUUAUAAAUGAAUUUAUACACCAAUUUACAUGAUUAAAUUUUCAUUCUUUAAUUUAGUGAAUGUUUGAUUUUGACUGAUUGUAUUUGAUGCAAUAUAUUCAAUUUUAAAAUCUGAUCACCACGAUUAUUACUGAGCUUAUAACUACUGCCGAGCACUGGUAUACAGGAUGCGAGGUGUCAUUGAAAGUCAUGAUAAAUUAUGUAAAAAAAAAAAGUAGAGGACAGAAUUCUGGGUAUUAUGAGUGUGUGAAGUGGGAUGGGAAGAAAAAUAGUUGACAUGGAAAAAUUAUUUUAGGAAAUGUUCUUGGGAGAAUGUUGAUUGGCCAUAGGUUUGUGGCAUAAUAUUUUGAAGGGGAGGGUUUGAACUUUUUGUAAGGAUGGAGAAGGGGAUAAAAAUUGACCCAAAGAGAGUGAUUUCAUUUAUGCCUUUUAUAUUUUAUCCAUUUAAGGUUUAACUUGCAUAAGUUUGCUCAUCAUCAAAUAUUUAAAAAAUAGAGAAUAUUUCUACUUACAGAAGUAGAAAUUUAAUUCUGAAGCAUUUAUUUAUUUGUUUUUUUGUGUGAAGGAAUCUUAAUAUAUACUGGGUCAUUCAUUAAUAACAUUUUGUAUGCAGUUACUAAAAUAUUUAUAAAAUAAAUGGUUGUAACCUUUUAAUUUUAUUUUUUCCAAUGAAUAGCAAGCAUUGGUAAUCAGAUCUUUGAUGAAGAGGAUGAUGGACAGGGUAAUGAUGAUGGAGGUGGAAACUCAACAGGUGCAUCAACAUUCCCCCUGCCAAGAUUAAUUGGUAAUGGCACAAAAAGAUUACUAACUGCCAGUGAAAUGAAAUCUAGUGAUGCAUACCAAGAACUUAAACGGCGAAAGCUUUUACUUGAAAACCGAAAACUUGAACUUGAAGCCAGAAAGUUAGAAUUAGAAAACAAAAAACUUGAACUUGAGCUUAAAUUACUUGAAAAAAGACAGGAGGAUGGAGAUCAAAAUGUUGGUGGAAACACAUAUUAUGUAUCUCAUGUUAUUGAUGAUAAAGAUGGUAUUACAGAUGGAGGGGGUGCUUUUUCAUCUUCAGCAGCAGAAGUUAUCAAAUCUCUCACAGGGCGAGGCCAGCCAUUUCAGAUCAUCACACAAUGAGAGAGUAGCGGAAAGCUUUCUUAAUGUAAGAUUAUUCUGUAAAUAUUGCAACUGUUGUUUAUUAAAUCACACAUGUCCAAAUAAAUGGUAUUAUAGUGAUGAUGCCCACAACUUAGAGGAAAGGCAUGAGAGACUGGGCUAACAUAAGGGUGUAACCAUGUAAGAAUUUAAAUAUCUUUUAGACUGCAAAGUCUAUGCUACAACUCUAAUGCUGGCACAAAAUGUGAUGCUGUAAUCUAUUCUACCAAUAAAUUUAAAAAGUUGUUGAGAAAAUUAGCAUCUUUCAAUACAUCUAUUACUCAACUGCCAAUAAUUUGCACCAUGUUUAAAACUGUAUUUAAGAUGAAUAAAUACUACAUGCAUUAAUAAUUGCUUUUAAGUUACCUUGUACAUAAUAUUACUAAUAUUUUGUAAUAAAAAAGAUUUCCAUUGAGGUGC